AUGGAUUUAAACAAUAAUAAUGAUGCAGCAAGAAAUUAUACUAUAACCAGAAUUCCCAGUGUAAUGAAUGAUGAAGUAUCUAAUAUUGACCCAAGCUGCUAUAUUACCAAUAAUGAACAUGUAGUUGAAAGAUUCUGGCUGGUUACAAUUCUUGGUUCAACCCUUAGUACAAUAAGUAUUGUAGAAAAUGCUUUCCUAUUUCUAAUUUUUAUUACUAGUAAACAGCAUCGUCGUAGUCAUUCGCUUUAUUUACUGAUACUUGCUUUAACUGAUCUCUUUAUUAGCUUUACUUACAUACUAAUUAUGUCUAUAAAAGUACUCUAUCAAUACAACCAAUGGGUUUUUAUGAAAAGAAUUUGGAUUACUUAUGUGGUACCAAUGAUGACAAUGUCUCACGUUGCUAUCACUGCUUCAUCCUUUCUAAUUGUAUUCGCUACAGUGGAGCGUUUUUGUAUAACUCUUUCAAAUCAUUACGUAGAGAUUCUACAAAAUAAUCGUGCUUGCUUCGCUUUAGUAGCAAUUUUUAUUGGCAUACUAACAAAGGGAACACUGCUGCUUGAAUUGAAACCAGUUCACGAUCCCGAUUGCAUUGGAACGCUUAAUGAAUAUCGUCUUGAACUAACUGCAUUAGUGAUUGAUAAUAAACAUUACAAACUAUUUCGUUUUUGGUUCCGAAAUAUUGUCACUAUAUUAUUUCCAUUUUUCACUCUGAUGUUCCUAAAUGUUCGAAUUGUCAACGAACUUAGGAAGGGAUUCAGUACCGGAAGACACCAUAUAGAUUCCAUUCGAGCUGACAGCGCGAAGGAACGAAAGGCUCGAAUUCGAGCAGCUACUCGAACAUUAGUGCUUGUAGUAUGUACUUAUCUUCUGGCAAAUAUGCUCAAUGUUAUUAUCACUAUUUGGGAGCAUACUGAUGCCACGUCCCUCUUUAGUAGUUUCUUGGAUUUCUAUAUAUUUAGUGUGGAUACUGUAUCAUUGUUGACUAUCGUAGCGUGUGCCUUACGUUUGCCCAUUUACGCAAGUUGUCAGCCAACUCUUCGAACGGAAAUGAUACAUUUUGCUAAAAAUUUUUGUAAGCGACAAAGACAACAAACAGACGAACAAUGUAUCACAUCAUCUCUAACGACACAUAAUGGUACUGUAAGGGAAACAUUACUUUCACACAAAUAA